AGUGGCAGGCGAGCAAUUGUCCCCAGCAGCUGCUGCUCAGUCGCCGAGCAGACGAGAUUCGCACAGCAACGUUUGAGUGAGAGACAGCAUAGGAUGCAAGCAAAGUGCCUGCUAAUCAGCAUAAGCCUGGCCCUGGUCCUACUAAUGCUAACUGCACCGGUCGUUGAGGCGCGUCGUGGACGCGGUCGUGGACGCACCAAGUCUCGCGUGCAGAUCGGGCUGCCGAUAACGGGCAAAUACCGUGAUCCUGAAUCGGAUCAAUACUACAACAAUAAUAAUGGCGCCAAGAUCUUGCAAGCCUCGCACUUUGAUCUCGAGUACGUGCUGGGUCACAAGAUCGCCUUUUUGUGCGUGGCCAAGGGCAAUCCGCGCCCGCACAUAACCUGGUACAAGGACGGCGCCGAAAUCUAUCAGCACCUGUACAUGCAUGUGCACGAAUGGACCAUUGGUGAGGAUCGCGUCAAGUCCAAGAUCGAAAUCGAUCCGGCUACCCAGAUGGAUGCCGGCCUUUACGAGUGCACGGCGGACAAUAUGUAUUCCAUAGACAGACGCAGCUUUAAGACCGAUUUCUCCAUUGCGUUCGAUUAGCUACUACGGUUUCCAUGUUCCAUUAUAUGCAUAAGCAAUAAAGUUGUACCCGAAUGAAAACCU